GGCGCUGGCACGUGACCGUGACGUCACGCACGCGUCCGCGGUCUGGGCGCGGGAGAGGGGUUCGCGCGUCGGCCGUCGCUCGUGGUCGCUGUCUCUCGGAGUGUCGCUGUUUCCGUCGCGGCCCUGCGGCCCGUGAGGGCUACAGCAUGUACCACAGCAGCAGCCAGAAGCGGCACUGGACCUUCGCUAGCGAGGAGCAGCUGGCGCGCCUGCGGGCGGACGCCAACCGCAAAUUCAAGUGCAAAGCUGUGGCUAACGGGAAGGUUCUUCCAAAUGAUCCAGUGUUUCUUGAGCCUCAUGAAGAAAUGACACUUUGCAAGUACUAUGAAAAAAGAUUAUUGGAAUUCUGUUCAGUGUUUAAGCCAGCUAUGCCACGGUCUGUUGUGGGUACAGCUUGUAUGUAUUUCAAGCGUUUUUAUCUUAAUAACUCAGUAAUGGAAUAUCACCCUCGGAUAAUAAUGCUUACUUGUGCAUUUUUGGCCUGCAAAGUAGAUGAAUUCAAUGUGUCUAGUCCUCAGUUUGUUGGAAAUCUUCGAGAGAGUCCUACUGGACAAGAGAAGGCACUGGAACAGAUUUUGGAAUAUGAACUACUACUUAUACAACAACUUAAUUUUCACCUUAUUGUCCACAAUCCAUAUAGACCAUUUGAAGGCUUCCUCAUUGAUAUAAAGACUCGAUACCCCAUGUUGGAGAAUCCGGAGACUUUGAGGAAAACAGCUGAUGAUUUUCUUAGUAGAAUUGCACUGACAGAUGCUUAUCUUUUAUACACACCAUCACAAAUUGCCCUGACUGCCAUUUUAUCAAGUGCCUCUAGAGCUGGAAUUACUAUGGAAAGCUAUUUAUCAGAGAGUCUAAUGCUGAAAGAAAACAGAACUUGCCUGUCACAAUUACUGGAUAUAAUGAAAAGCAUGAGAAACCUAGUAAAAAAGUAUGAGCCACCCAGGUCUGAAGAAGUUGCUGUUCUGAAACAGAAGUUGGAGCGAUGUCAUUCUUCUGACCUUGCACUUAAUGUGGUUACGAAGAAGAGAAAAGGCUAUGAAGAUGAUGACUAUGUAUCAAAGAAACCCAAACAGGAAGAGGAGGAAUGGACUGAUGAUGACCUGGUAGAUUCUCUCUAACCAUUAUAAAUGACUGCAGCAAUACUUAUUAACCAACGGAAGUAGGAAGCAUGUCUGACAUUUUACUUUUUAAAAAAAUAAUACAAUGUAAAAACAUCAAAAUAUAUUAAACUUUUCUAGUUGUUAUAUAUAUUUUGUGAUUGUUUUAUAUAACAUAUAGCUUCAAAAGAGGUGAAUGCCACCUAGUUUGAAUAUUUAUAACCCACUAGGAUUAGUAGCAAACCAUGUCCUCCUGUGGGGCCAAAGUCAAACUGGUACACUUCCUUAUAUUGUUUUAGACAAACUAUAAUAAACAAACCUUUCCAUUUAGAAACAAUAUACCAGAAAAGACAAACAAGCCUGAACAAUAGGUAAACAUCUGAAGAGGUAAGAAAAUAGGUUUUAUCUUCCAGAAGCCCUUACAAAUGCUUCUCAAAUGUUUCUCCAGUAGACUGAACUAUUUAUGAUUCACUACUAAGCUGGAGAAUGUACUGGGCACUUACUUAGUACUUAGGUGCUAAAUUUUAUUACAUGCAGUUACAGAUAACCUAGGUUUAAAUAAAAAUAGAAAAAAUCUUAAAUUACUACAGGUAAGUCAUAACAAAUGAUAUAAUCAAUCUUAUCAUUAAAUGAUUAUCUCUCAGUAAGUCCCUAUAGAAUUGGAAUUAUAGUGACUAGAAAUCUAGAUAAAUUAUAUUCAAAAAUUUAAAAUUAAAUACCUUAAUAUAAAAACCCCAAACAUAUGCCUCUAUUUUUCUAUGACUUUAGUUAAUUAUAUACCUCAAUGUGCUAUUUUCCCAAAUACAGAUUGGGGGAAAUGAUAAUGCCUGUUCCUGAUGGUAUUAGUCACAGCAGUGUUUGACAUACUAGUAUGUAUUUGCUGUAUAUUAAUAAUAUGUGUUACAGUUAAGUCCAAAUUAAAGAUAGAUAUGCAUAUAUUAGACCAGU